AUAGACCAUGCCGGUCAGUCCGACCUAUUUCCACCCCCUUCUACACAAGUGAAACUCUUGGGUAGACAAUUUACAAUUGUGUUUUUGGUUUGACAAUUUGGGGUUGUUAGAGUACACAAAUUAUAGUUUCUUUCUAAAUUCCUUUUGAUAUGAUCGCUGCUUCCUUGAAAAGUUUGAAUGAAUGGUAUUUAGCUAUCCUUAAAUGCAAUGAGAUUUAGCGUGCAGUCUCUACUUUUUAACUGAUUUAACUCCCCAUUUUAUAGUUGAUGUAUCAGCUUGGCUUGCUUUGCUUCCCAUCUGUCACGUGCACAGAUUUGACAUCCAUAAUUCUUGCAUUGAGAUAUCAUGAUAUACUUGCAACACAAGAAACAUUGUAGGAAUAGGGAAAUCUACAUUGUGUUUCCUUAAAUAUUGCUUUGUAUUCCUUGGCUUUUGUUGUUUUUAGAGAAAUAUCAUGAUACAUAAUCAUAAAUCUGAAUAUUUUGUUUGCUCUGCAGGGAUAUUUUAUUUGCUUAACACUUGCUCUUGGGUAUGCUCUUGCUUCUUAUUUUAGGUACUCAUUACUUAAUAAUGAAUGUCAUAGAAUCUGGAAACGCUUCCGUUGUCAUGCGCCUAUGAGAAAGACUGCAUCUUCCCCCUUACAGGAACAGAGCGAUCAAACAAAUGAAAGAUGCUAUGAAGAAUGGCAAUAGCCUUUCUUUCCUUUGUCAUGACAUAAAUGAGCUUGAGCACUCCUAUCAGGCCAAUCUUCCAAGAGUAACAGUAGUCAUAUAGGACACAUUCCCCUGAAAAGGUUUGGUCUGUGCAUCUCCUUUAAAUAGGAAAUUUUCAUUACGAUUCUUUUUCUUUUUUUCUUUUAAAAAUUCAGAUAACAACUCUUUAUGGCGGCCCUAUAGAAUUUAUUUUCGUGUUAGAAAGCACAGAGGAUCCGGCUUACCAUCCUAUAUCACGACUAAUAUCAGAAUUUGAGGAUGAUGUUGAUGUUAGGAUUGUUGUAGCUGGUAUAUCAACAACUUGUUCACAAUCAAUUGGUUGGGGUGGAGAAAAUGCACAAAGACACAAAGUAUGUAUUGUUUUCGGAUGACGAUGUUAGGAUACAUCCUGGAUCAAUCGGAGCGCUCACUCGUGAGAUGGAGAAGAACCCUGAGAUAUUUAUUCAAACUGGAUACCCUCUUGAUUUACCAUCUAGAAGUUUAUGGAGUUACUGCAUCUAUGAAUAUCAUAUGCCUUGUUCGAUGGGCUUUGACACUAGUGGAAGAACAUUCUUUCUGUGGGGAGGCUGUAUGAUGAUGCAUGCCGAUGACUUUAGGCAAGAUCGUUAUGGUGUAGUCUCGGGACUUAAAGAUGGUGGAUAUUUUGAUGAUAUGACUCUUGCAGCCAUAGCUGGGGCUCAUAAAAGACUUAUUACUUCUCCCCCACUUGCUCUCUUUCCUCACCCCCUUGCUACUGAUCUUAAUUUUGGAAGAUACUGGAAUUACUUGAGGAAACAAACAUUCGCUCUGGAGUCAUAUACAACAAACAUUAAUUGGAUGAUGAACCGUGCAUUGUCUGGUGUUCACUGCUAUGUGUCAUGGGCAUUGGUAGCAUCAUUCUUGAUGGCAAUGAUUCAUCUUGCAGCAGUAUUUAGAUUUUAUAGUAAGGGAUACUCACUUGAAGAAAUGGCCUAUUCUGCUGCUGGUGAGCACAAUAAUUUUUCUUUUUAGGUAGGUUGUUAGUGUUGAU